AUGGCUUCGCGCGGAGUUUGCGCGGUGGUGGGCUGCGGUCCCGGCAUGGGCGGCAGCGCCGCCAUCAAAUUUGCCAAGGAGGGCUACCAAAUCGCGGCCAUGUGUCGUACAGCACCCAGCUUCGAGCCCACGGCUGCCAAGCUUAAGGAGGUUGGCGCCAAGUUCGCGUUCUACGAGAUGGAUGCCACCGACAAGGCAUCCGUCUCCACUGCCUUCGACAAGGCCGCCAAGGAGCUGGGCCCUGUGGACGUGCUGGUCUACAAUUGCGGCGGGGGUGGCUUUGGCAUCUCCAUCAUGGACAUCGAUCCGGAUACCUUCAAGAAGUCCUUCGAUGCCUCCUGUGUCGGGGCGCUCCUAUGCUCGCAGGCGGUGAUCCCCGGCAUGCUUGCGCGCGAGGGCAGCGGACCGUUCGCCGUGAAGAAGCGGGGCACGCUGAUCUUCUCCUCAGCCACUUCGGCCUUCCGGGGUGCCAGCGGCACCGCGCAGUUCGCCUGUGGGAAGCAUGCGCUGAGGGCGCUGUCCCAGUCAAUCGCGAAGGAGUAUGGCAAGCAGGGCAUCCAUGCCGUUCACGUGCGCCUGGAUUGCGUCUUGGAUACCCCGGGCUAUCAGAAGAAGAUGCCCGAGAUGUACGCAGCUCACAAGAUGGGCUGCACCGAUGAUAUUGCCGAGACCUACUUCGCCCUUGCGCAGCAGUCACCACUGGGCUGGUCCAACGAGGUGGACAUCCGUCCCUUCCAGGAGGGAUGGUCUUGCUGA